CCUAAUGUCACGCUUCAGGGCAGGCCUGCACAACAUACGGUCCGACGGCCGCAUACGGCCCACUUGCACCCACUUUUCAGCCCAAGAAGUAAAGAACUAUUCUUUAUUAUUAUUAUUUAAUUAUGAGCUUUCUCUUAUGUCCUUUUUUUCUUUAGGCCCGCACAAGUUUUUCAUAAAGUUUUACGGCCCAACUUACAUUUUGCCCAGGCCUGGUUUGGGGGGGGGGGGGGGGUAAGUGAUUCCAGAAUAUGCUGCAGCGGGGCUUUUAUAUUGCCCCCCCCCCCCAACCCUUUCCAGACUUUAAUGUUGGUGAACCCAAGCUCUAAGGAAGGGGCGGGCUUUUAUGUGACAGACCCCAGGCUUUUAGGAGUGGGACCCCAGGCUUUUAGGAGUGGGACAUCGGGCUUUUAGGAGAGGGACCCCAGGCUUUUAGGAGUGGGACCCAAGGCUUUUAGGAGUGAAACCCCAGGCUUUUGGAAUUGGGGCACCAGGCUUUUUUGAGUGGGACCCCCAGGCUUUUAGGGGUGGGGCCCCAGGCUUUUAGGAGUGGGACCCCUGGAUUUCAGGAGUGGGACCCCAGGCUUUUAGGAGUGGAGCCCAUGAUUUAAGGGUGGAGGGGGGGAAAGGCUGUUAGGUGGGCGAACCCAAGCUUUUAGGAAGGGGGCAGGCGGCCCACAAAGUUAAAUAUUGCGUCCGGAAGAUACCAAAUAUAGCUUCACCGAUAGUUGUUUCCUAACAAGACUUUACAUAGCAACUAUACAAUGCAGAACUUUUUUUAAUGAAGUUAAAAUAUACUUGCGUGUUAGAAGUAGCUAUAACACAUAUGAAACACGAAAUAAAUGUAUGUUAAGUUACAUGAUAACUUUGCAAGGAGAGUAGCCACAACUUUUAAAACUCCAAUGGUUUAUUUGAACUAAUUUAUUAUUUUUUUUUUUUUAAAUUUACGGUAAAUUUAAAUCGCACAGUUACCUAUUGUUAGAUUUCCCAACACGUCUUUGAGUGUAAUUUAUAUUUUACAUUAUGCUCCAAAAUAAAUUUCCCUCCAGCCCCUCUUAGUUACGCCACGCAUUCGUCAUUUUCCGUCCCAUCUGUGACGAUCGCACGUGUUGUAACCAUCCUAAACACCACAAGCACAAGUCAGGUGAAUCACAGAUGUACAAAGAGUAAUGGUGCUCCUUUAAACAACGACAAGACGCUGACUACAUGGCACAUCCGGGGACUCACGUCAAACUGUUUCGGUACGGUGUCGAAGAGAAAGAAAACCACAACACUAUCUUCCGCCUAAAAACCACCUGAUCUGGACUGUGUCUCCGUCCCAUGUUACCAUGGAACCGCGUCCAUUGUUUCACUUCAGGCCGAACGGAUUACCGCGAAGGUCAGUUGAUGACCAGACACGAGACAUUCAAGGAGAGGGAAGAGGCCAAAGUGUAUAAAGGCAAG